AUCGGAUUUAAUAAUACAUUUCUUUAAAACGGGUCGGACCCACAAUUUUGUAUAAGCAAGAGAGAGAGAUGCAGAAGAAGAAGAAGGAGCUGUGGAGAGAGAAUCAGAUGGCAGUUUCAUGAUCCGUUCUUCUUUAAAGACACAGAAAGAGAGAGAGAAUACGGAUACAUUUCAGAAAACAAGAACAAGAGGAAAAUCCGGGCUGUACCCGAAUACCCAUCUCUCUGAACUCGGGUUCCAAAGUUGUUGUCUUCCUUUUGCCUCUUCUUGGAUUUGGCGUUCAAAGAGAGAGAGAGAGAGAGAGAGAAAACAAAGAAACAAGCAGUUUGGUCCUGAAACGAGGUUCCUUGUUUCUUCAUAGGCAGAGUGAGAAUCCCUUAAUCUCCUCUGUUUUAUAAGAAGAAGAAGAAGAAGAAGAAGUAGUCUCACAUUGACUUCUUCCAAUCUCAGAAUCUCAUCCAUCUCUCUUGGGUCUUGGCUUCAGGGGAUGCUUAUCUUUUUUGUUUUGCUAAAAAAGGAUUAAAAAUAGUGAAUCAGAGAUCUAGCCAUCUCUGUAUGAAGCUGAAGAACAAUGGGUGAUGGUAGCCUCAAGAAAAGCAAGCUUUCAUGGCCCAAAACGUUGGUCAAGAAAUGGCUCAACAUCAAGAGCAAAUCAGAAGAUUUUCACGCAGACGACUUGGACAGAGGUGGAGGAGAUUGGAGGAACAAUGUCAAUGAAAGAGAGGAAGCAUGCUCUGUCCACAAAAGCAAAACUGAGACUCCGAGCAAAAGGAACAGCGGAAGAGCCAGACGAAACAAACUCGAUGUCGAUCCACCACUUGAUCAUCAUCUUCUUAGGGUUUUUACUGCUACAUGGAAUGUCGCCGGAAAAUCUCCGCCGAGUUAUCUAAAUCUCGAUGAUUGGCUUCACACUUCUCCUCCUUCCGACAUUUACGUUCUUGGCUUCCAAGAGAUCGUUCCUUUGAACGCCGGCAACGUUUUAGGCACCGAGGACAACGGACCCGCCAGGAAAUGGGUCUCUCUCAUCCGGAGAACCUUGAACAGUCUUCCCGGCGGAAGCUGCCGUACUCCUUCUCCUGUUCCCCACCCGGUCGCCGAGCUCGACUCUGACUUCGAAGGCGACUCAGCCGCUGGGCCUAACUCGUUUUUCUACCAUCGGAGCAGGAGCAUGAGGAUGGACCUGUCUGCAUCAUCCCUGCCACCGCAGUUUGACCGGAGAUUCAGCGUCUGUGACCGUUUCAUGCUGGGCGACAGACCUGACGACUUCUACGACCAGAGCUUCAGGUAUUGCUCCUCUGAAGAUGAGCCAGAUUCUCCUUCUCAUGAUCACUAUUCCCCUGUCUCGAGGACUGGAUCCUUUGUGGCAGACGACAGAGACAAGUCUAAGUAUUGUUUAGUGGCCAGUAAGCAGAUGGUUGGGAUAUUCUUAACUGUUUGGGUCAAGAGUGAUCUAAGGGACAGUGUCAAGAACCUCAAAGUGUCUUGUGUUGGCAGAGGCUUGAUGGGUUAUCUUGGAAACAAGGGCUCCAUUUCGAUCAGCAUGUCCGUUCACCAGACAAGCUUCUGCUUUGUCUGCAGCCACUUGACGUCUGGUCAGAAAGAAGGCGACGAGCUAAGAAGAAACUCUGAUGUUUUGGAGAUUCUGAGGAAAACCAGAUUUCCUAGAGUGAACAAUGCAGGCGACGACAAGUCUCCUCAGACGAUUUUAGAACACGAUCGGGUAAUCUGGCUUGGAGACUUGAACUACCGUAUAGCUCUUUCUUAUCGGUCUGCAAAAGCUCUUGUCGAGAUGAGAAAUUGGAGUGCCUUGCUUGAGAAAGACCAGCUACGGAUAGAACAACGAAAAGGCUGUGUCUUUGAAGGAUGGAAUGAAGGGACUAUAUAUUUUCCACCCACUUACAAAUACUCUAACAAUUCAGAUAUAUAUGCUGGCGAUGAUCGGCUUCCCAAGGCCAAGAGACGGACUCCAGCAUGGUGUGAUCGCAUACUCUGGUACGGUAGUGGUAUUAAUCAGCUGUCAUAUGUUCGCGGGGAAUCAAGAUUCUCUGAUCACAGACCAGUCUACAGUUUGUUCUCAGUAGAGAUUGAAUCGGUAUGUAGAAACCGUAUCAAGAAAAGCUCCAGUUACACCAGCUCUAGGAUCGAAGUUGAGGAACUUCUUCCUCAACGGUAUGGAUAUUCUGAGCUUAACCCGUACUGAUUCAUCAUCGGUCCUGAAUCCAUUUGAAGACAGAUCCCGAGGGAGGAUUCAAUGUUUCUAAAGCCUGAACAAAAAGAAAACUGGAUUUUUCAGGGGUUGGAGAUAUGUGAAUCAAAGAGUCAUUGAAAAGUCAGAUCUUGGUCAAGAUCUCUGGUGCCUAAGCACAGGAGAAGAUUCGAGUGAAAACAGAAGAGAGUAUAUCUUUAGGAUUAUAGAGAAGUGACCAUUUUUUUUGGUUUUCAAACCAUUAGUUUCUUCCCAUAGAUUAGUAGCAUUCGUCAAACUUGUGUAUAGUUUGUAAAUAUAAUGGAUUCUUUGUAAGGACCAACGGGUUUAGAUUGGAAAGAGCAGAGUUAAAAGCUUUUUUGUUAUA